CAUAUUCCUAGAAACUGUGACCACGGCCACUAUAUAUAACUCCUACUUACCACUAGAAAAGCGUCCAUUCACUUCAACUUUCUACAUUUUCCGAUGGAAUUCGAAACCCACGCUCCGUCCUGUUUUGAUCUCAACUCUCAGUCUCCGAUUAACUCCUUUUUACACACGAAUGUUGCUAAUGGCCGGAAAAGUCAGUGGCCUGAAUUUGCCGGAGAUGUACUUCCGGCGGAUAAGUCGACGACACGUCAUGAGAAAGCAGCAAUGACUGUGCAGAAAGUUUACCGGAGUUACCGCACCCGGCGCAUGUUAGCGGAUUCUGCUUUGGUUGCUGAAGAGCUCUGGUGGCAAGCCAUAGAUUAUGCUCGAUUGAAUCACAGUACGAUUUCUUUCUUCAAUGUUCCCCAACCGGAGACAGCGAUUUCACGGUGGAAUCGCAUCACUUUAAAUGCUUCCAAGGUUGGUAAGGGAUUGUCCAGAGAUGGAAAAGCCCAGAAACUAGCUUUUCAGCACUGGAUUGAGGCGAUUGACCCACGCCACCGUUAUGGGCAUAACUUGCACAUGUACUAUAAAGAAUGGUGUAAAUCUGAUGCUGGUCAGCCAUUUUUCUUUUGGUUGGAUCUUGGAGAUGGCAAAAAGGUUGAUCUUAAAGAAUGUCCCAGAUCUAAGCUUCAGAAACAAAGUAUCAAGUACCUUGGACCCCAAGAGAGAGAACAUUAUGAGUAUGUAGUGGCUGAGGGGAAGAUACUUCAUAACCUAACUGGAAAUCAUCUUGAUACAACCAAUGGGGUGCCAGGGGCUAAAUGGAUUUUUGUAAUGAGCACCUCAAAGAGACUCUAUGCUGGCGAGAAGAAGAAAGGACUAUUUCAUCAUUCCAGCUUUCUUGCGGGUGGAGCUACUUUUGCUGCUGGAAGACUAGUGGUAAAAGAUGGGAUACUUAAGUCUAUUUCAGCAUAUAGCGGGCAUUAUCGGCCAACUGAUGAUAUACUUGACAGCUUUUUAUCAUUUCUGAAGGAAAAUGGAGUCAACCUGGAUGAGGUCGAGAUAAAAAAGCCAAAAGAUGAUGAUGAGAGCUAUGAAGAGAGACAGUCAUCUGAGGGUCGCUCUGUGUCUGAUCUUUCAAGUAUAUCAGAAUCCCCUCAAGUUGAUCUUCUGAAAGACGAGGAAAAAGACUCAUCCUCAGAAUUAGUGACAAGUCCACAAGCUGAAAAGGCAAGUAGCUAUAAGAGAACACUCUCGGGUGGUCUUGAGAGCCCGAGAGCAGAGGUGCCAAAAACUGCAAUACUGCAAAGGAUUAAUUCAAAGAAGUCAUCAAAGUCAUAUCAACUGGGUCAUCAACUCUCCCUGAAAUGGUCAACAGGUGCAGGUCCAAGAAUUGGAUGCAUUGCUGACUACCCGGUUGAACUAAGGCAGCAGGCCUUGGAACUGACAAACCUCUCACCAAGACCUCUUUCUGCAUCAUCAGCUCCUUGGAAGGCAGCAGGCCUCGGUGCUCUUGUAUCACCUACUAGUGCUUCACCAGUUUUGUGCAAUGGUGAUGUAACGCGCUUCUAAACCGAAGUUUGUGAAAAGCCCUUGUCAUUUUCCAUGUUUCCUGCAAACAAGCUGUAGUAUGUGCAAAGUAGUAGUUACUUCAUUUUGGUCCUCCCUUGUUCCUGUUUUCAAACCUUCUGUUGUGAGUGCAAAGUAGUACUUACUUUUUAUUAUCAAGAAUGUAAUAGGAUCUCUGCUCUCAUAAUUAGGAUUUAGUAGUAAUAAUUUUAAGUUAAAAAAAAAAACACGUUAUAGUUGGAAUGCUGCCAUAUCUAUGUUGAGAAGAGGGUAAUAGUAAGGGUAUAUAUUUCCAUGUGUUUCGAGUCUGUA